UUCAUCCUGUAGCUUUGCAUCAGCCCCUUUGGAAAGCCCAUCCCCUUGAGUCUGCAUACCCUGUGCACAGUGCUGCAGGCGUAUUAGCAAAGCACAAACUACAGGAACCCCAGGGCUGAUGGGGAGUGUUGCACUGCAAGGGUGUUUUCCAAGUGCAACAUUGAGUGUUUGAGAAUUAAACUGACCUUUUUAUGCUGAGCCAUGGUGUACGAAAAACGCAGCAACUGAUUCACACUGUACCUUAGAAUCAAACAAAUAAUACAGGCAUGUGCAAGAGGAUCCAGCCUUGGGAGUCCCUCAUGAUUUUAGCAGAGAAGAACUGAUCCUAGUGUUCAGCCUAAUUACAAAAGGACUCAGCGCUCCUGAGGGACGUGUGCAGACAGGCAGAACUAACAUCUGAAUCUCACUACCCACGAAGCUGCAGGAACGCUGAGCAAAGCUGCUGCAGGGGCAGAAGUAAACAAGGCUGAGAUCCGGACUGAGGCUCGGGAUAUUUGGCAACUCAGUUUUGGAACGCAAACUGUCCCCCAGGAGAGGGCUUGCUCACUGCUGCAGCCUCGUCUCUCACACAGCAGGAGUGGCUGUGCCAAGGAAAAAAUCUGCCUCCAGGAAGGCGAGGGAGUAAACGCUGAUUUAUGUGGAUGCUCCCUAAUGUCAAUGAUGUUGUAGUGCAGCUUUAUUACGCUUAAAGCUCUUUAAGUAUUCAUUGAGAUCAGAGCACAUUUUGUCAGCCACUGCAAGGCUGUCUCUGAAGCAGACUUUAAAUUGAUAAGGCCAGAGAAGGGGCAGCUGGGGAAAUUGAGGCACAGGCAGGGAAUUUCUCCAACUGCUUUCCCAGUGUGUUUUCCUGAAGCCUCAUUGCCAGCACCCCAUGGGGGCUCUCCAUGGGGAGGUUGCUUGUGGCUGGAUGAGGGGAGCUGGUUUUAUCCUGCCCUUUCCCCAUAUGAUGGGACACCCAGACACAGGAGAUGAGUUACAGGGAGGGCAUCAGGUCUUCUGCUGCUGGCCCAGGGCAGGGACUGAUCUGGUUUUGCUUGAAGGCAAAUUCCAAGCGUAUCAGACCCACCAGGCUGAUGGACUCCUCUGGACUCCUGCUGGUCACAGAGGUUCAGCUCGACACCCUCAUAGGGAAAAGAUGUUUCUAUCUUCCUAUGCAAAAUUGCUGAAAGUGGGAAUAGAAAGAAAAAUGAGGCAGAGGACCAUAGGAUGAGCCUGCCAGUGAACACGUGCACUGUGUGUUGGGAAGGAAAUGGCUUUCUACAAGUGUUUCCAAGGAGAUCCUACCAGAGAUGAGUGCCCUUGUCCUAAAAAAGGGAUGGAAAAAACUGUAAAACGCAGUAUCAAAGAGACAUUACUGUUUUUUCAUGUAGCCUCUUUGGGUCCUUUUGAAGUGAAAAUGUUUAUUUCUAAUUCCCUUACUGGGAUAAUCCUCUAUUCUAUCAUAUUUUCCUGUGGGUUUGCAUUAGCCAGUCUGAAUGUUGGUACCAGUGCAGAUGAGGAGCAAGACAACCAAGUCAUGUGAGUUGUGCUGCUGGCAUCAAGACUGGGGUUAAAGUCUAGAGAUUAGGCCAUUGGAUGUGCUCAGCUGCUGGGGUGGGGGUACUUCCAUCUAUGGAUUUGAGGUGGGACUUUCACAAGCUUCUGGCAUGGACAUGGGGUCAAACUGCUGGGGAGAGCAGUUGGACCAAACCUGAGAAUAUUCAGUGGAAGGGAGUUUCUCCCAUCUCAUCCACAUCAAAGGAUUUUUGGAAAAUCCUCCCAGGGAACAUUCAACCAUUUGCAGGAAGCAAGAAAUCCUCAGACUUGUUGGAAAUUAACACAGCCCUUAACAGAUUGUGAAUUGUUCUGAACAACAAAUAUCCUUGCAUGGAAAAAAGCUGAAUUAAAUCUAAACUAAAGACAAAAGAAAUCCUUGCAGAGGCCAGAUGAGUCACUGGAUUAGAAGUCUUACAGGGAACCUUUUGUAUCCAGGCCACACAACCAGCGCCAGUGCCAGUGUCUUUCUGCUAAUGAAAGGAAAGGGGAUCAGAGAUACAAAGACACUAAAUAUUUCCAAUAAAUUGAGCUGAAACUAAAGCCUUUAGUUCAUAAAAGAUGGUCAAAGAAACCAAAAGAUUAUGAGUAUGCCUUGUAUGUACUUUUAGAUUGAUUCCUUUGACCCUUAGGUUAGAAAAAUUAAAGUUCCUUCCUUUCACAGCCAAAGCCUUGUCUAAACUCCCCAGGGAAAUUUAAGAGAUUAAGAAAACAACUACCUACUUCACAUGGAAACCUGUCUGAAAAGGUGACACACUGAGAUGUUAAUCACAGUUAACUGAAUCCAUGAAUGCAAAACCUUCCAGUUAAAUUACCUGUGGGAUAGAGAAAGAAUUGCUUACCUGGUACAGUAAAAGAAACAGCAAAAUGAACAUUCAGGAGUAUUUUGGAAGAAUAUCUUACAAGCAGCCCCAUAAGGAUGCAGACUUGCAAACCCUGACAGCCAUUUUCCAGCAUCACAUCCAGACCAUUCCUUUUGAGAACCUCAGCAUGCAUUGCGGGGAGGCCAUCAAACUGGAUUUGCAAUCUACUUACAAUAAGAUUGUGAGAAAGAAGCGUGGUGGGUGGUGCCUGGAAAUCAACCACCUCCUGUUUUGGGCCUUGCAAGAAUUAGGGUAUGACGUGUGUAUUCUUGGUGCACACAGCUAUGAACCAGCAGAGAAUGGAUACACUGCUGAGAUGAACCAUAUCCUCCUGAAGGUGGUGAUCAAGGGCGAUUCCUACAUAGUAGAUGCUGGGUUUGGGGGUGCCUACCAGAUGUGGCAGCCACUGAUGCUGAUUUCUGGGAAGGACCAACCCCAGGUCCCUGGCAUUUUCCGCCUCAUGGAAGACAAUGGCACCUGGUACUUUGAGAAAGUCAAAAGGAAGCAUUACAUUCCUGAGCGAGGUGAUACUGACUUCCCUGAUACUCCAGAACUGGGGAAUAUCAGAAAAAUAUAUAGAUUUACUCUUGAGCCAAGACACAUAGAUGACUUCCAAGAGCUAAACACAUACCUCCAAGUGUCUCCGGACAACAUACUUCGGAAGAAGUCAAUCUGCACUCUCCAGACCACCAAUGGGCUUCUUGCCUUAGUUGGAUGGACCUUGACUGAGAUGAAGUACAACUACAUGGAGGACAUGGACCUGGUGAACAUCACAACCCUUACAGAUGAAGAGGUUGAGAAGACACUGAAAGAAAAAUUCAAGACAGUACUGGAGAACAAGCUUGUACCAGUAAAUGUUCGUGGCUUGCCACCCAAUCUAGUGGAUAAGAUCUAACUGUAACACUGUGCUGGAUGGAUCUUUAAAUAGCCAACAGGAAAGUUCUAAAAUUAAAAUUAAUUACAUUAAUUAAUUAAUUAAUUAAUUUUUAACUUGAGCUAGUCACAAACCUUGGUAAAUUCAAGUACAUUGCUAAUUAACUGCAUAUAUUGAUUGCAUAUUUUUUAUUAAACUUCUCCUUCUUUAGAAACCAAGACAUCUUACUAGCUCUGUUUUGCUCAUAUGCAAAUUGCUUUUUGACUCCUUAACUUUUUGCUCACCUUCUCAAGAAGUCAUUUUAUUGCACAUAUAUUUUGUGGCAAAUGAGACCAAAAUGAUGCAGAAGGAGAGGUUGUGUUACCAUUUAACACGAAUGACCUCUAACCUUUUUUGAUAUUAUUUCCAAUCUCCUCAGUGACUUUUACAAAUUAUUCACUUCCCUUAACAGUCUUAAAGUUGAGCUGAAUAGGCUUUUAAAGACUUUGUAGAAAAAAGAAAGGUUAAGACUUUCUCAAAACAAGCCACCAUUAGGUGCUGAUUAGCUUAUGAAAAGUUGAAAGACUCAAGUCCUGUUCCCUUUUCAGAAAUUGGCUUAUCCAAGGGUGCCUAAAACGUCCCAAAAUCUCUCUAAUUUUGAGUACCCACUUUUUCUGAGUCUGAUUUAUCUGUGUCUUUGAAUUCAAAAUAAAAUCCACAGAAGAUGAGAUAAUUCAAUGGUUUCUAAAAAUCAGGGAUUUGGUAUCAAAACUGGAAAACAAAAGUUUGAUCAACCUUUGCAAACUAUAAUCUAAACUUUUGGGACCAAGGCUUCACGUGAUAUCAAGAGGACAUGACAGUAUUAUAGAUAAAACUCUUCAUACUUAUUACAAGCAGCAUUCUGCAGAAAAGCAACUUUAAAAAGUGAUAUUUUGAAAGCAAAAGAAAACCCUGGGAGGUGAGCACAUGCCACCAGUGUAGUUUCACAGCAGGAUAUCUGUUGGGGCCCUGCCCCCCCGCCAUGGGGUCCUGGGAGAGGGGCCCUGGGGGGGGGGUGGGGGGGAGACACGGGGUUUCCCUAGCCCCUGGUCAG